AUGGAUGUGGACUUCACAAAUUCUCCUCCAGAGGCCCAAGUGGACCUGAUGACCAUGAUGUUUGAGAUGGAGAAGCUGGCCGACUUCUCGAAACCUCCUCCACAACCAUCAGCCGAGUUCGGCAGUGGUCCCCCGCCAGGGCCAGCUUUCUACAACGCGCCUAACAUUAACAACACUAGUCCACCCUCGUCGCUACUCGUCGGCGUGCCGUCUUCUAUACCCUUCAGCGACCCCACCAUGAUUACGUCGAACACCCUCGCUGCAGGAACCUCCUCCUCCGAGUACUCCUCGCAGAGCAGCAAGUGGGCGUCCGUGGAGGCGAUGAGGGAGAUGAUAUUCCGCAUCGCCGCCAUGCAGCCCAUCCAUAUCGACCCCGAGUCGGUGAAGCCGCCCAAGCGGCGCAACGUCAGGAUAUCCAAGGACCCGCAGAGCGUGGCGGCCAGGCACCGGAGGGAGAGGAUCAGCGAGCGGAUCAGGAUACUGCAGCGGCUCGUCCCUGGAGGCACCAAGAUGGACACUGCCUCCAUGCUUGAUGAGGCCAUCCGCUACAUGAAAUUCCUCAAGGCCCAGGUCCAGUCGCUGGAGCGUGCCGCAGCCACCAACCCCUCGACCCUCGGGGUGGCUACCACCACCUCCCCGCCUGUCGUAGGCUUCUCCACUACUGGGAACCACUUGUGCUUCGACAAGAGAUUCAUAUGUUGAUGGCCUUGCAGUGGUAUGGAUGGAUGGAUAACAACUAGACUAGAUAUCUGUGCUGAUGAUAAAUUGCAUGUGGAAUGUUGGUGUUUCAAGGAGUGACGAAGGGAGUUAAAAGUUUGAACUAAGAAUCUCUCUCUCUCUAUCUUUCUGCUUAAUUAAUUCCUUUUGUCCUUCUUGUGGAACAUAAUUAAUGCCUGUUAGUGAGCUUGCUAGAAACAAAUUGAUAUUUGAGCCG